GUCUGUCUGGGAGGUGCCACUGGUUUGAUUCCCACAGUCCCACAAAGUUAAUGAAGUUGGAUUAAUUUUUUUGUGGUGUCGAAGACAGACAGAAAGCCAGUUUAAAUAACCAUGUUCCACGGGAUUAUUUGGAUAUUUUGCCUGUGAUGUUCUGGGAAAACUUUUAUUGGACGAUGUUUUCGCCGCUUUUGGCAGGUUUUCCAUGGUUUAAAUGCAGGAGAAACUGUUAUUCGUUGUUUUGGACCGGAUAUAGUGUGGGCUGGGGCAGAGAUGCGUAAUGCGCAGAGCAAGCUCCAUCUUCUCUCCAAAUAGGCAGCGUUCAAGACCCGAAAAUGUCUAAGUCGGAGGUGAAGAAGGAGUCCGGGGAGUCCAGUCCGUCGGAGGCCGCCUGCCUCUGCUCUCCUCCGGCGGCAAAGAACCAGUGCGCCAGCUGCGGCAUGGAGAUCCAUGACCGAUACCUGCUGAAGGUCAACAACCUGAAUUGGCACUUGGGGUGUUUGGAGUGUUCGGUCUGCAGAGCGUCUCUGCGCCAACACAACAGCUGCUACGUUAAAAACAAAGAAAUCUACUGCAAACUGGAUUAUUUCAGUAGGUUUGGCACUAAGUGUGCCCAAUGUGGCCGGCAGGUGUACGCCAGUGACUGGGUGAGGCGGGCUCGUGGCAGCGUGUACCACCUGGCCUGUUUUGCUUGUUUCUCCUGUAAGAGACAGCUGUCCACUGGGGAGGAGUUUGGCCUAGUGGAGGGCAGGGUUCUCUGCCGCAGCCACUACGACAUCAUGCUGGACAACCUCCGCAGGGCUGCAGAAAACGGAACAGGACUGACUCUGGAAGGAGCGCUGCCCUCUGAUCAGGACUGCCAACCAAAACCAGCCAAGAGGGCACGGACAUCGUUCACCGCUGAGCAACUGCAGGUGAUGCAGUCUCAGUUUGCUCAGGACAACAACCCUGACGCUCAGACGCUACAGAAACUGGCAGAACUGACAGGACUGAGCAGGCGAGUCAUACAGGUUUGGUUUCAAAACUGCCGUGCACGCCACAAAAAGCAGCCGCCUCAGAGCAGCUUCUCUCAGAGCGCUCCACUGUCCAGGAUGCCUCCAUCACUGCCAGAUGAUAUCCACUAUUCACCAUUCAGCAGCCCGGACCGACCACAUCUACUGGCCCUGCAUGGAUACCUGGACACUCAUCCCUUCUCGGUCCUCACUGCCCCGGGCCACUUGACUCAUCCAUCCAUCUCUUUACCACAGCUUCCCAUCAGCCGCUGAGCUUCUACAUCUACGUUUUGCUGCGUCACAACUCUGACGUUAUGAAGAAAAAAAAAACAUCCAUUGGGACAUACUGUCAUUAAUCUGCUCUGUUUGGGAGUCUAAUCCCCUUAACAGCGAUCUGUUUUCAAUCAAGUCGGAUUCUUCACUGUGAGACAGCUGCGCUAAACUUUCGUCUUUUAAAGACAUCAGACUGUGGAAAUUGGAGAAAAGUCCCGCCUCCACGCCAACAUGGGAGUUUUUUUUUUAUUUUAUUUUGUCUUGUAUUUUGUGAUGCAAGGAAGAAGACCACUUUUAUUUUAUUUUUCCUCUUUUUGAUGGGACAUAAAACAUUGUAACAGGUCAGGACUUUUCUCCUUUUGUUUACCCACUCAUACAAGGUAUUUCAAUUAUGUUGCUGCAAUAUGAGCUCCAAAAAAAAGAAGAAGAAGAAAAAGCGAGUGUUGUAGCAGUGUUACAGUAAAACCUCAGCAUUUUUUUUUCCUGUAUUGGUUGUAUUGAUGAGCACAUUUGCAGCUUUACUGUUGUUUGUUGUUGUGUUGUUGUCAGAAAAUGGAAACUCUUAUUUAUUCAGAACAAAACUUUUAAAAAGCACUUUUAAAUGUGUCUUGAAGUUGAAUAAUUCAGUGAUUGUAUAUUGUAAAUACUGCUACAGUUUAAUAAAAAUGUAUCAGAGCUGUUAUGAAAACCUUAGUGUUUGAAUAAUUGAGGAU